CACUGUUUGAUUUUCUUUUCGACGGCGUUCAUUAAAAAAAAACACGACGUGUUUAUUUCAGCUGUAUAGAGAUGUCGCACCUUGUAAAGAUGGAAAAUGGCCAGAGCCAGACGAUACAGGAGAUGCUGGGAUGCAUUGAACGCUACAACCCAGACCAUUUGAAGACUCUGGAGGCGUACAUUCAGGACCAGGCCAAAAACAAUACCUACGACCUGGAGGCCAACCUGGCCGUUCUCAAGCUGUACCAGUUCAAUCCGCACAUGCUCAACUUUGAGAUCACAUACACGAUUCUGUUGAAAUCGCUGACAAAUCUGCCGCACACGGACUUCGUUAUGGCCAAGUGUCUGCUGUUGCCGCAGCAGAUGAAGGACGAAAACAUUCAGACCAUUAUCGAUCUGGCCGAUAUACUGGAGCGUGCCGACUUUACCCUGUUCUGGCAACGCGCUGAGGUCAACCGAACCAUGUUCCGUCACAUCAGCGGCUUCCAUGAUUCCAUUCGCAAGUUUGUCUGCCAUGUUGUGGGCAUCACCUUCCAGACCAUCAAGAAGGAUUUGCUGAAGGAGCUUCUGGGCGGCAUUGAGGACUCGACACUGGAGAGCUGGAUCAAGCGCAAUGGAUGGAAGCACCAGGGUUCGACUGGUCUGGUUGUAAUAGCCAUGCAGGACGACAAAAUCAAGACGAAAAAUAUUACAGAGAAGAUCGAGUUCGAGAACGUUGGCGCACUGAUGGCACAGUGCCUCUAGGUUUCGCUCUACAUUCAUAGUUUUGUCUAAAUUUCUACGAAAAGUACAUAAUACAAACGAAAAAUAAAACGCCUGGCCCCUAAUACAGCUAA